AGAUCCCCCGGAGCACGUCACUCCGCACCGGCGCUCUGCGUUUGGGGCGGCGGAGAGCGAGGGCGGGCGAGCGGGAGCCGCCGGAGGAGGAGAAGAGGCGGCUCCGCGGCCAGCAGCGGCUGGGCUCCGCGCCCCGCGCUCCCUGCGCGGCUCCCCCCGCUCCAUGCCGCCCAGCCCGCCGCGGCGCGGCCCCCGCGGGGCGAAGGCGGGCGCCGGGCGGGGAGCGGCGCGGCGGUGCUGAAGGACAGCUCCGCUCCGCGCCCCUCCGCGCCCCGGGCGCGUCCCCCUCGCCGGGUGGCCGCCAGGCCGCCGGCCGCCGCGCCUUGAUGUGCCCCCCGCCACCGCGCCGGCGGCUCCCAUGGCGGUGGCACGGAAAAUCAAAACUUUGUUGACGGUGAACAUCUUGGUCUUCGUGGGCAUCAUCCUCUUCUCCGUCUACUGCAGGAUCCAGGACCGCUCCCAGGAGCUGGUGCAGAUCGUCCGGAGCGCGGACCGCCGGGCCAGGAGCCGCGGCGCCAAGGUGGGCAGCCUGGCCGACAGGGAGUCCAUCCUGCAGCGCCUGGACCACCUGGAGGAAGUGGUCUACAAUCAGCUAAAUGGUCUGGCAAAGCCCAUGGGAUUAGUUGAAGGUCCAGGAGGCCUGGGCCAGGGAGGAAUGGCUGCUACCCUGAGGGAUGAUAGCCAUGAAUCAGAGACGAAGUAUGAAGAAUAUGGUUACAAUGCCCAACUCAGUGACAGGAUAUCACUGGACAGGUCCAUCCCUGACUACAGACCAAAAAAGUGCAAACAGAUGACCUACCCGGAUGACCUCCCCCAGAUCUCUGUGGUCUUUAUAUUUGUAAAUGAGGCGCUGUCUGUCAUCCUGCGCUCCGUGCACAGCGUGGUGAAUCACACCCCAUCGCACUUGCUCAAGGAGAUCGUUCUGGUGGAUGACAACAGUGACAAUGUUGAGCUAAAAUUUAAUCUGGACCAGUAUGUCAAUAAAAGAUACCCAGGUCUGGUGAAAAUUGUGCGCAACAGCAAACGAGAAGGACUGAUUCGAGCCAGAAUCCAAGGCUGGAAAGCAGCAACCGCUCCUGUCGUCGGGUUCUUUGAUGCCCACGUUGAGUUCAACAUUGGCUGGGUGGAACCUGCACUUACCCGGAUCAAAGAAGAUCGAAAGCGGAUCAUCUUACCAGCAAUUGACAAUAUCAAGUACAACACUUUUGAAGUGCAGCAAUACGCCAACGCAGCCCACGGCUAUAACUGGGGCCUCUGGUGCAUGUACAUAAUCCCACCGCAGGACUGGCUCGAUAAAGGGGAUGAGUCAGCUCCCAUCAGGACACCAGCCAUGAUUGGAUGCUCGUUUGUAGUGGACCGAGAGUAUUUUGGUGAGAUUGGCUUGCUUGACCCUGGGAUGGAGGUCUAUGGAGGAGAAAACAUUGAAUUGGGCAUGAGGGUCUGGCAGUGCGGAGGAAGCAUGGAGGUGUUACCCUGUUCUCGCGUGGCGCAUAUUGAACGCACAAAGAAGCCCUACAACAACGACAUUGAUUACUAUGCAAAGCGCAACGCCCUGCGGGCCGCUGAGGUCUGGAUGGAUGACUUCAAGUCCCAUGUUUACAUGGCGUGGAACAUCCCCAUGGCAAACCCUGGAGUUGACUUUGGAGAUGUUUCUGAAAGAAUAGCUCUACGACAGCGACUGCAGUGCCGGAGUUUUAAGUGGUACUUGGAGAAUGUCUAUCCUGAAAUGAGGGUUUAUAAUAAUACAGUCACUUACGGAGAGGUGCGUAACAGCAAAGCUAGUGGCUACUGCUUAGAUCAGGGAGCCGAAGAGGAUGACAAAGCAAUCCUUUAUCCCUGCCAUGGAAUGUCCUCUCAGCUUGUCCGCUACAGCUCGGAAGGCGUCCUGCAGCUGGGGCCGCUGGGCUCCACGGCCUUUCUGCCCGACUCCAAAUGCCUCGUUGACGAUGGGAAGGGCAGGACACCGACUCUGAAGAAGUGUGAGGAUGUCCUGAGGCCAGCACAGAGGUUCUGGGAUUUCACACAGAAUGGUCCAAUCAUCAGCAGAGACACUGGCCGCUGUCUAGAAGUGGAAAUGUCAAAGGAUGCAAAUUUUGGGCUCAGAUUAGUCGUACAAAGGUGCUCGGGGCAAAAAUGGAUGAUUAGAAACUGGAUAAAACAUGGCCGACACUGACUGCUGGGGCUGGGAAGCUGCCUCCCCUGCCGUUGUCCAUUGCUCAGUGUGCCAUAUCUUGCAAGGCAUUUGUCUUAAAGCAAAUUAGUUUGAACAGGACCUGGCUCUCAGGAGUCCUCCACAGUUGGGCAUUCAAAGGAAAAAAGAAGAAAAAGAAAAGCAGACGCAUACACGCCCUAUUUGACUCUUCCUUGCUCCAGCAGACGACCUGGGAAGCUUAACAAGAGUUUUCUGUUGAUUUGGAAAUCUUGCGAAGAUCAGAACGUGACAAAGAAGUGGGUUCCUUAAGCUCUCCUAGAGGAAUUAACAGACGGAUGUUUCUGUGGUUGAAAGGGGAGAUCUCAGUACUGCCUCAUAAAGAGAGUUCUCUGAUGGGUAGCUUUUUAGCUUUAAGUUAUUGACUGGUGCACAACUCCUAUGGUGAAUAAUCAUGUGCCUUUUUUAUUGUACUUCAUAUAAAAGGGGACUGGAAAAAUCCUACCUUUUCAGCAUGUCUGGUUCAUUGUACUAAACAAGAUCUGUAAAUUACACUGGAAAUAUAAUAUAAUAUAUGAUAAAUUUCGAGGUUGAUUGUUUAGGAGUCUCUAUUUCUAGAAAGAGACUGUUCCGCAAAUGUUUACAGGUGGUUCUCAACCUUCAAGCUGCUAAAAAGCAGCAUUUUAGAGACCUCUUCUAGUUAAACACAGGUAAAUGUUGAAUAGGUAAAAUAGCCACGUGCUCCAUUAUAUUGCCACAUUUUACGUUUCUUGGAUGUAAAGGCAUCACGAUAUAGCACUUGCAUAUUUAACUCUUUCAAGGCAGUAAAUGUCCUAAUAGAUGGAUGAAGUUCUAGAGGUCUCGGUUGGCCCUGAGUACACAAGUGCAAGGCUCCCAUCCCGCAGUGCCGCGCGUGUAGGUGCACUGUUGUGUUGUUUCAGAAACUGCCUGGAAGCUGGAUGCUCGUUACUACUGAAAAUAAGGUGGCUGAGUUAGGUGCCAUCUGUGGAAUUUAACAACUUUAAUCUUCCAUUUUGUUACCCAUCCUGUGAAAAUGUCAAAUGUGAGCAAAUACGCUUUGUGAGCACUGUCUAGACAAAUUUCCUGACCAAACCAACAAAGUCUUCUCAGUUUUUGAAAAACAAACAAAAACCUAGUGAUACGAGGGCAAAUCAGAGCAAGAAAUAACUAGGCAGCAUAUAUAAGUACUGUUACUCUGAAAUACAAAUAUUUUACUCUAGUUGACCUGUUGACAGUGUCUUUGUGGACCUGAAUUUCACAAUGUAUCCGGUGGUUCAUGCAGGAUCCGUGCACAGGUAGCCAGAGCAAUGACAAAGCUGUAUCCAAAAGGCUGGCGGAGUUGAUGACCACUGUCAAUGUCAGCAGGCUUUGGAUGUGGGUCCAUGGCAGACAGCUUUUCGUUACAGAAGAUUCAGUCAUGCUGACGGAGAGACACAGGUGGUAUCUGUUAACUUCACUGUUUAAUAUUUUAUAGUAUUUUUUUUUAAAGAAAGUUUUGUUUUACUCAGCCAGGGAAAUAGGUAAUUGCAGACACUGCGGUACUAUGAAUCUGUUUCUUGAAGAGCUUUUGCCAUUACUAUUUCAGGGCAUGCUGAACAAAAUAAAAUGGAAGCAAAGUUAAUUUUUCAAAGGCAUGAUGUGUAAUAAAAUAUUUACUUUUCACACGCAAAAAUCCACCAGUUCUUGUCAACUCUUGGUUGGUUGGUAUCCAGAGAGCAUAUUGCUGUAUUUUGCCACAAUUUUAUUUUGAAACAGUGCGUGCAAGAUGUUACACAAAGCAAAUUCUCCUGGAGUUUAUUUGUGGCUCAUAGCUGAUCUUUAUUUACGUCACGUGGAUCAGGAUAUGCAUGAAUGUAUACAAAAGAAUAAUUAUGGGUGAGAUUCUAAAUAUAAAUAUGCUUAAAAUUCUGUGUUUAUGGUUAGUUGAACAUGACCUUUUGAACGGUGUAAUAAGACAUGCAGGGAGAGGUAGCAUCUUUAAUAAAGCAAGCAAUACAGUAAAAAAUCAUGGACAAGCUGAGUAUUCAGGCCGUCCUGUGGGUCUGAAACAGGUAGGAAGCUUCAGGCGAAAUAUAGAUUGGGAGCAGCUGCCCUGUAUUUAACCUUCUUGUGUUAACCUAUUAGGCAGUUUAAAAGGAUAGUUACCAUCUAUGGAGCAGGUGUUGAACGCUUUGUACAGGAGUUCUAUUUGUAAGUAACUUUUCAUCUUCUCUCCAGAUACAAUUUAAAAGGAAGAAAUUGUGUGAAAGCUGCGUUCUUUUUUUGUUUACUCUGAUGGGGUUUUACUCCAUGUAAUACUUGGCUGAGGGAGGCGAGAAGGCAAAAGAAGGGAAAGACAGUUUUACCAGGUCAGCUUUUUGGGGGAGUGCAGUCACAGGUCAUUCACACCAUUUGUAGUCUUUCCAGUUAAUAAGUGCUAUUUUAUGUGAAGAUGGUUGGAAGUUGAAAGUAAUUAUAUAUCAGUCUGGCUACUAAAUGCCUAACUAUGAAGCGUAUGGAGUUAUCGUACUACCAGAAGCUAAUAUGCCACAUGCUGCGCUUUUUUUUGGGCCCCCCCCCCUUUUUUUUUUUUUUUUUCUUCCUUGUCUUGAAUUGCCAGCCUACACUUGGUUAGUAAUGGGGCAGCAAGCCUUUCACAUCCUGGGUGAGUUAAAAAGGAACACUGACUAUUUGGAGGAAUAUACCAGGUUUUAAAUUUACUAUCCCAAAAGGUGUGCUGCAUUUGUGGUUUUAGGAGCUUUGAAGCUGAGAAGACCAGAUAGAUCUGUGUUUACUAGCAAUGAUUUCAAGCAAGCAGGACAGCCCUUCACUAUGACACCACCAUAAUGAACAGGAAUUGGCUGUCCUCAGAAUUUCCCUAUUGCAGGUUUUCAGUGCCCCGUGCAAAGCGUUUGAAUGUGGCCACACCGUCUAACGGAGAUGGUCACUCCUGGCAAGCGCUGAGUGCAGAGGCCACAGGCUGCAGAAGGCCUGCAAGAACCAGACUUUCAGUAUAAGAACGAAAGCAGAUUUUUGUGAUAAAUUACAUGGCUCUGAGAUUUACGGAAUAAUAUAAAAGAAUUCAAAUAACUCUUAAAGGUGGAGUUGUUAUUUUCUGUGAUUGUCAUUUUUUUUUUUAAGAUUUACUGAAACAAUUUCUUACAUUUGAGAAAUACAUCUGUUGGAUUAUUUUUUCUUUAGUCUUUGUCUGUCUGAACCACUGCUUUGGCUGUGGUAUUAACAUGGUGGCUCUGCAUGUGAAAGGAUCUUAAAUAUUCUUUCAUAAAAGGAAUAAUAAUUAAAAAAGCCCUGAGUAUUAUCUGUUUUAACCAAAGUCUAUGUCUCUCUUGUCAGUAUUUCACCCCUUAGUAUAAUCUGGAGUACUGCUUAAUGUUUUUUCAAAUUUUCAGUCGUUUCCCACAGUGCAGCAGUCCAGAUAUUAUGAAAAGUAUUUAAUAUAGUGUAAUAUGCCUUGUAGAGAAAACUCAGAUCAGAUUCUUCAAUUGCUAUUUUGUUUGAUUUAGGAGAUUAUGGAGUUAAAUACUGGGUCAUAGGACAGAAGAAUAGAAGGUGAGAAGGCACACCAUGUCUAGUACGCUGCUGUCAAAGGCAAACCAGUAAAAACAUACUUUUGUAAGCAUGUCAGGAUCCCUAAAAAUUAGGUUUGAGUCCUGUGGGAAAAAUGCCCUAUCUUCUUUGAGAGCUAUAAACUAUUUUCCAAGCUGAAUUUAUGCUUGGCUUGAUUAAAGCCAUUUGUUCCUCAGCCAAAAUUGUCCUCUAGCCUUAUUGGUUCACUGGUUCCUGAGGCAUGCUAACCUCUAGUGGAAAGCAACUAAGAAGGAGAAGAGCUAAAAGACGUGUUCUUGAAGCACCCAACGGACUCCAUUGCAAUUACAUAAAGAUCUAUAUUGUCCUCAUCCAUGAGGCAUGAGAACUCCUCAGGACUGUCCUACAACCAAAAAGGUAAACUCUGGUUCCAUAGAAGUGAUCUAAAACAAAAAUAUGGAAACAAACAACAGUUCUUCAUACAUAUUCUGAAAGUGUUGAACUGUGUCUCAUUUCAAUGAAUAAUUUGGGGGUUGGCGUGUCUGAAGAUCAGGCCUUCAUAGUCCUUUAGAAAGCGUUUAUGUUUCCAUCAGCCUGCUCCUUUUUAAAAACUGUGGUCUAGUAGAUGAAAACCUUACUCGCCGUGUGACAAGGGGUGUAAUCUAUCUGACACAGGACAGCUGAAAUUUUAAGUACUUAAGCCAGAGCUAAUAAGAUUUAAUGAAACAGCACCAGUCCUAAUCUGUUCUUUAGAUCAAUUACACAGCAUGUAAUUCCUUCAGUAUCCAGUAUUCAUUUGAAAUGGUUCAUUAACAGCCAUACUAAAGCACAUUAUGGCCUGUUUUGGGAUCCAAUGAGUUGGAUUGUAAGAAGAAUUUUAAUAGAAACUGGAGUUCACAGGGAGUUAGGCACGCUGUUAUUCAGGCCACAAAUACCUUUGUUUUUUUCAUGAAAGGCUUUGGGAAGAAGAACAACUGUCAGAAUUUGCUUAAUUGAAAAUAUUUCUAGCAAUGAUGUUCCAUUUUUGACUGCUAUUUUGACUGCCUGCUUCUUGCUGCUAAUCAAAGUCGAUCUUGAGGUCCUGCCAUGGAAGAAAGACGGUAUUGCAAAUUAGAGGAACUAGCUAACAAGCUGGAUGGAAACCACGGAAUGAUCAGGUCUUCACGUGUCUCUAGAUCUGGAUGGCACCAAAGUAAAUUUAAUACUAUAUUCUUUCUGGAAAGAAUCCCAAACUUAACACAUUUUUGUAUUGCUUCAUCAGGAAUACCUAUUUGAGAGACCACUGUAAUGUGUACCUCUAAAUCUUAUUUUUGCAGAAACAAAAUACGUGUGAGAUUAGUGGACUUAAGAUGAGAGCUGUAAUUACUGAAUGCAUGGAAAAUACAUUAAUUGGCACCAUGGUCUACCAAAGUAUGUGUGUCGUGCAUUUAUAGCUUCCUGUGUGGUAACAAGGAUAUUCUUGAAAUACUAAUGUGCUGAAUACGUUCUGCUAGAGAUGGAGUCUUCUUACCUAGAGAACUACGGGAACUCAAGGAGUAAAUACUGAAAUUAUAUAGUUAAUAAUUCUUACUGAAUUUGGCACAUCAAUAUUUACAUCUUCUAAAAAAUGUAAUGAAUUAGCUUCAGGUUCUCUCUUAAUAAUCUCCCUAUUUUACUCUGGUAACUGCUGAACAUACCUUGUCCUUAUAAAGAUCUGGCCGUGUGAAGACUUCAGCUGUGUCUUUACAAUGCCCCAGCCAUCAAGGGCAUUAGAAAAAGAGAUUUACAGUGACCUCUUUAGUACAUUGUAAUGGAUUUUAGAAUGGUUUCACAAAAUACAUUGACUUAUAUUACAAAAGCAUUAAUGAUGUGUAACUGAAGGUAUUGAGUUCACCAGUUGCCCUAAGUGUUUUCUUUGGCCAAGAAUAAUUACUUAUAAAUACCCCAGUGAAGCAACAUAUGGCAAGCUGAUUUUGAAGAACAGAGUUUCUGAAUGCUCUGAAGAGCAUUCUUCAAAGACCUAUAGAUUUAUUGCUUUUCAUAGGGUUAUAGUUUUCUAUUGGUCAUCAACAAAUAUUGCCCAGUUUUCAAACUCUUUGUAAUAAGUUUAAUUUAAAAAACUAAUGCAGCAAUUGGAAGGCAAGUUGUGACUGCAAAUAAUUUUUCAUUAUGUGGCGCAUCAUCAAAUCAAUUUGUAUUUACACUUGAAAAGUUAAUAAAUUACUAUGCAUUUUACUGCUGACAUGAGCUGCAUUUUUUAUUAUUGUACAUUUAGACACCUUGUAUUUAAAAUUCAAAGUUUUCACACAAAGGAAAACUGGAAAAGCAAAGUAUACGUGUAUAUUAAAAUAUAAAUUGCACGUAAUCUGUUCUGAAAGGUAGUCAGCCCAUUUUUGAGAUGAGCACAGUGCACUUGGCAGCAGAUUGCAAGCUGUUCUAAAGCAGACGAGCUCUGUGCAUGUCAGAGGAGACGCAUCACCACACGCUCAUUAGAGACUUGGCCCCUGAAUGCGCACAUCCAAAACUAGACUGAUAACAGCACAGACUACGAUCGCAUGGUGACUGCCAGACCUGAGGGGAGGCUUGUCUUCCCAGCCCAGUACAAAGACGUACUUGCGUAAUGCUUGCAGGUACCAGUCCACACAGCAAUACAAGCUCUGUUCUUCUAUGGUCCCGCAGGACUAGUAAGUGCAUUCAAACAUAGAUUAAGAAAAUCCCCAUUAAAAAAAUUGUGACCAUUCCUGGAAUCACUGAACCAUGGGGAAAAAUAUGUGAUCGAACCACAGCCAGGAAGCUGAUGAUUAAAGUGUUCUCUUCCUAGGAGUUUUGCAUUGGAGCUAUGUUUUAGUAAUUCAACUGUGUAAGAGCACAACUGAUCAUUCAUUGAUGUGUUACUGUUCUGAAGAACACAACAACUUAUACUUCCCCAAUUGCCUAGUUAAUACAAAGGACUGAAGGACAUCCCCUGCCCCGUGACUUGACCCUGUAUCAACAGCGAGGCCAGAUUUGCAGGUGAUAUAAAAUGUCAUUGCUCUGCUGCAGCCAAGGAAGUUGUGGGAACUAGAGUAAUUUAUACCAUCUAUAGACCUGGUCUGUUGCAACUGAUGAUACUGCUAUUGACUUGAUUUUUUUUCUGCUUCCAAAGUCACUUUUAUCUGCACAGGGGCAACAGAAAGGGGAUAGGAAGGUGCUUAUGAACUCUGUUCUAUACUAUCAUACUUCUACCAGAAGUCUACACAGCCCAGCACCUCAUCAUUGAAGAGAGUCAAUAAUUGAUGUUUAAAAGAAUGAAACAGGAGACAGGGAAAACGUAGAAUGAUCCUUUCAUCAUAUAUCUCCCCCUAACUUCAAAAGGUAAGGACUUCCCAAGCCACAGGCUAUACACACCAACCCCACCUUUAGAUUUAAUAACUCCUGUGGGCCUGUAUGUCUCUAAUCCACUUAUACCUCUGGAUGUCACAACAUCCUGAGUAAUAAAUAGCACAAUUGCUGCGAGUCAGUAUCUCUGCUUUUCAUUCCAUAGGAUGCCCUGUAGUUCUCUUAUGGUGAGAAAAUGUGAAUAACUGCUGCCAGCUCUUUUUUAACACCCUUCUUAGUUUGACCUCUGUCAUCCUCUUUUAAAAUACAUUUCAGAACUGA